AUCGAUAGUUUUGCAGAUGGACAAACAGAUGUAAACAACGCCGGCAGAUAUUUUAAUUUUAUCGCGGAGUGGGAAAUGUUUUAAUUAGUUGUUUUAUUUAAAUUAUCAUUCAUAAACCCGCCAAGAUGUUUUCUAUGUGCAAACAGACACACGCGGCCACAUCGGUGGAAUUCGCCAUCUCGUGCCGCUUCUUCAACAAUGUGGAGGAGAAUCUGGUCGUAGCCGGCGCCAAUGUGCUCAAGGUUUACCGCAUUGCACCCAACGUGGAUGCGACGCAAAGGCAGAAACUGAAUCCAAGCGAAAUGCGAUUAGCGCCUAAAAUGCGUCUCGAAUGUCUAGCCAGCUAUUCCCUCUAUGGCAAUGUAAUGUCGCUGCAAAGCGUCUCAUUGGCUGGUGGAAUGCGAGAUGCUUUGCUUGUGAGCUUUAAGGAUGCCAAGCUUUCGGUGCUGCAGCUGGAUGCAGACACGCAAACAUUAAAAACACUCUCGCUGCACUAUUUCGAGGAGGAUGACAUUCGAGGCGGCUGGACGGGGCGCUAUCAUGUGCCUGUGGUGCGAGUGGAUCCAGAUGCCAGGUGUGCUAUAAUGCUUGUCUAUGGCAAGCGUUUGGUGGUGCUGCCCUUUCGGAAGGACAACAGUCUUGAUGAGAUCGAGCUAGCAGAUGUUAAGCCCAUAAAGAAAGCGCCCACAGCAUUGGUGUCCCGAACGCCUAUUAUGGCAUCCUAUUUAAUAGCCUUAGCUGAUCUCGACGAGAAGCUGGACAAUGUGCUGGACAUACAAUUUCUGCAUGGAUAUUAUGAACCGACUCUGCUUAUACUCUACGAACCGGUGAGAACUUGUGCGGGCCGCAUUAAGGUGCGCUCCGACACCUGUGUUCUGGUGGCCAUCUCCUUGAACAUACAGCAACGCGUGCAUCCCAUUAUUUGGACGGUGAAUAGUCUGCCGUACGAUUGCCUGCAUGUCUUUCCCAUACAAAAGCCCAUCGGUGGUUGUUUAGUUAUGACUGUGAAUGCGAUCAUCUAUCUGAACCAGAGCGUGCCGCCAUAUGGCGUUAGCUUGAAUAGCUCAGCGGACAACAGCACCAGCUUUCCCCUCAAGCCACAGGACAAUGUGCGGCUUAGCUUGGACUGUGCGAAUUUCGCUUUCAUUGAUGUGGACAAGCUGGUUAUAUCGCUACGCACGGGAGAUCUGUAUGUGUUGACCCUUUGUGUCGAUUCUAUGAGAACUGUGCGGAAUUUCCACUUCCACAAGGCGGCGGCCAGCGUGCUCACCAGCUGCAUCUGCGUCUGUCACACGGAGUACAUCUUUCUCGGCUCCCGGCUGGGCAACUCGCUGCUGUUGCACUUCACCGAGGAGGAUCAGAGCACAGUGAUUACCCUGGAUGAAGUGGAGUCAGCAGCGGCGGCGGCAGCUGCAGGUGCAGGGGAACAGCAGCAGCAGGCGAAUGACCAGUCGCCUCCCCAAUUGGAUGAGGACCAGGUCUAUGAUGUGGACCAGCAUGAGGCGCCGUCGCAAGCCAAAUCGCGUCGUAUUGAGGAUGAAGAACUGGAGGUAUAUGGCUCGGGUGCCAAAGCCUCGGUGCUGCAGCUACGUAAAUUCAUCUUCGAGGUCUGCGACAGUCUGAUCAAUGUGGCUCCAAUCAAUUACAUGUGUGCCGGCGAGCGUGUGGAGUUUGAAGAGGAUGGCACCACAUUGCGUCCACAUGCCGAGUCCUUGACCGACCUGAAGAUUGAGCUUGUCGCCGCCACGGGACACAGCAAAAAUGGUGCCCUUUCUGUUUUUGUGAACUGCAUCAACCCACAGAUCAUCACCAGCUUCGAACUGGAUGGCUGUCUGGAUGUGUGGACGGUCUUUGAUGAUGCAACGCGAAAACCAUCAACGGCUCGCCAGGAGCAACACGAUUUUAUGCUACUCUCGCAGCGAUCCUCGACGCUCGUGCUGCAAACGGGUCAGGAGAUCAAUGAGAUCGAGAACACGGGCUUCACCGUCAACCAGCCGACCAUAUAUGUCGGCAAUCUCGGCCAGCAGCGGUUUAUAGUGCAGGUGACGACUCGCCAUGUGCGACUGCUGCAGGGCACCCGACUCAUCCAGAACGUGCCCAUCGAUGUGGGCUCUCCCGUGGUGCAGGUGUCCAUUGCCGAUCCCUAUGUCUGCCUGCGUGUGCUCAAUGGCCAGGUCAUUACGCUGGCGCUGCGCGAGACGCGUGGCACUCCUCGCUUGGCCAUAAACAAGCACACGAUCAGCAGUGCCCCAGCUGUGGUGGCGAUAGCGGCGUACAAGGAUCUGUCCGGACUAUUCACAUGCAAAGCGGACGAUGUGCUCAAUUUGACAGGAAGCACGGGAACGGGAUUCGCCAACAGCUUUGGCGGCUACAUGAAGGCCGAGCCGCACAUGAAGGUGGAGGACGAGGAGGACUUGCUCUACGGCGACGCGGGCAAUGCCUUCAAACUGAACAGCAUGGCCGACCUGGCCAAGCAAUCGAAGCAGAAGAACACGGAUUGGUGGCGACGCCAGCUGGUGCAGGCGAAGCCCAGCUAUUGGCUGGUUGUGGCCCGACAAAGCGGCACGCUGGAGAUCUAUUCGAUGCCGGACAUGAAGCUCGUCUAUUUGGUGAACGAUGUGGGCAAUGGCGCACUAGUGCUCACCGAUGCCAUGGAAUUCGUUCCGAUUUCAUUGACGCAAGAGAACUCCAAGGCGGGCAUCUUGCAUGCGUGUAUGCCACAGCAUGCGAACUCGCCGCUGCCCCUCGAACUGAGCCUCGUGGGAUUGGGUCACCAUGGGGACCGUCCAUUGCUGCUGGUGCGCACCCGACUGGAGCUGCUCAUCUAUCAGGUCUUUCGCUAUGCCAAGGGGCAUCUGAAGAUACGCUUCCGUAAGCUGGAGCAGCUGCAUCUACUCGAUCAACAGCCCACGCACAUCGAACUGCUCAAUGAGGAGGAGACGGACGAGGCCGAGUCGUACAAUAUGCAACCGAAAUAUGUGCAGAAGCUACGCUACUUUAACAACGUGGGCGGCCUGGCCGGGAUCAUGGUGUGCGGCGUGAAUCCCUGCUUUAUCUUCCUAACUUCCCGAGGCGAGCUGCGCAUUCAUCGGCUGCUGGGCAAUGCGGAAGUUCGGAGCUUUGCUGCAUUUAAUAAUGUGAAUAUUCCGCAUGGUUUUCUCUAUUUCGAUACAACCUAUGAGCUGAAGAUCUCAGUGCUGCCCACCUAUUUGAGCUACGAUGCCGCCUGGCCGGUGCGAAAGGUUCCGUUGCGUUGCACGCCUCGUCAGCUGGUUUAUCAUCGGGAGAAUCGGGUGUAUUGCCUGAUCACACAGAAGGAGGAGCCGAUGACCAAAUAUUAUCGCUUCAAUGGCGAGGACAAGGAGCUGUCCGAGGAGAGUCGAGGCGAACGCUUCAUUUACCCCAUUGGCUCGCUAUUCGAAAUGGUCCUGAUCAGUCCCGAGACGUGGGAGAUUGUGCCGGACGCUUCGAUACAGUUUGAGCCAUGGGAACAUGUGACGGCCUUCAAGCUAGUGAAACUCUCGUAUGAGGGCACACGAUCGGGCUUGAAGGAAUAUCUCUGCAUUGGCACCAAUUUCAACUACAGCGAAGACAUCACCAGUCGCGGCAAUAUCCACAUAUAUGACAUCAUUGAGGUGGUGCCCGAGCCCGGCAAGCCGAUGACCAAAUUCAAGCUGAAGGAGGUGUUCAAGAAGGAGCAGAAGGGACCCGUUUCGGCCAUCUCCGAUGUGGUGGGCUUCCUGGUCACUGGUCUCGGCCAGAAGAUCUACAUCUGGCAGCUGCGCGAUGGCGAUCUCAUUGGCGUCGCCUUCAUCGACACAAACAUCUAUGUGCAUCAGAUAAUCACGGUCAAAUCGCUGAUCUUCAUUGCGGAUGUUUACAAAUCGAUCAGUUUGCUGCGCUUCCAGGAGGAGUAUCGCACCCUGUCGCUGGCCUCGCGCGACUUCAAUCCCCUCGAGGUGUUUGGCAUCGAGUUCAUGGUCGACAACUCGAAUUUGGGCUUCCUGGUCACGGAUGCGGAACGCAAUAUAAUUGUCUAUAUGUACCAGCCGGAAGCGCGCGAAUCUCUGGGCGGACAGAAGCUGUUGCGUAAAGCGGACUACCAUCUCGGUCAGGUGGUGAAUACGAUGUUCCGGGUGCAGUGCCAUCAACGGGGUCUGCAUCAGCGCCAGCCCUUCCUCUACGAGAACAAGCAUUUCGUCAUCUAUGGCACGCUCGACGGAGCCCUCGGAUAUUGUUUGCCGCUGCCCGAGAAAGUCUAUCGACGCUUCCUUAUGCUGCAGAACGUUUUACUCUCCUAUCAGGAGCAUUUGUGCGGCCUGAAUCCCAAGGAGUAUCGCACGAUAAAGACGGUCAAGAAAAUGGGCAUAAAUCCGUCGCGCUGCAUCAUCGAUGGUGACCUCAUAUGGUCCUAUCGCAUGCUGGCCCACUCAGAGCGCAACGAGGUGGCCAAAAAGAUUGGCACUCGCACCGAGGAGAUACUCGCCGAUCUGCUCGAGAUCGAACGCCUGUCGGCCAUCUUUUAAAGUUAAAGCCUGGCCCUGACAGCCCUCUAAGUUUGUAAAGUUAAACCUUAAGCCCUAGUACUAAGUCGUAGUCCUCUAGUUAUAAGUAAUGCCAACUGCAUGUCAACUUAGUCCAACUGCCCCCAAAACUAUAUCGUAAUAGCAACAAAAUGAUUUGUUAACGCGAUUUGUAGAUUUUCCAAAA